CCGCCUUGGCCCAGCAAGUGUGGUCUCCAGCUCAAAAUCCCCAGCUGCAGAAGCAACCGGUUGCUGAACCUCAGCAGCAGAAGGAACCGGCCACCAUGCCCCAGCAAGCAUGGUAUCCAGCUCAAAAGCCCCAGCUGCAGAAGCAACCGGCCGCUGAACCUCAGCAGCAAAUUGAACCGACCGCCAUGCCCCAGCUACCUCAGCAAGUGUGGCAUCCAAUGCACAUUCCCCAGCAGCAACAGGAACUGGCCACCAUACCCCAGCAAGUGAGGUAUCCAGCUCAAAUGCCCCAGAAGCAUCUGGCCUCCAUGCCUCUACCACAGAAGCAACCGACCGCCAUGCCCCAGCAAGAGUGGAAUCCAGCUCAAAUGCCCCAGCAGCAGAAACAACUGGCCACCAUGCUGCAGAAGCAACCAGCCCCAAUGCUUCAACCGCAGAAGCAACAGGCCACCAUGCCCCCGCAAGUAUGGCAUCCAGCUCAAAUGCCUCGGCAGCAAAAGCAACCAGCUACUGAACCUCAGCAGCAAAUUGAACCGACCGCCAUUUCCCAGCCCCCUCAGCAAUUGUGGCAUCCAGAUCAAUUUCUCCAGGAGCAGAAGCAACCAUUCACUAUGCAUCUACCUCAGAAGGAACUUACCACCAAUCCACCAGAACUGUGGCAAUCCGCUCAAAUGCCCCAGCAGCAUACGCAACCGGCUGCCAUGCUUCAGCAAGUGUGGCAUCGGGCACAGAAGCAACCGGCCCCUAUGCCCCAGCAGCCUCAUGAUGUGUGGUAUCCAGCUAAAAUGGUCCAGAAGCAAGUCGCUGCGGUGACCGCCAUGCCGCAUACGCAUCAGCAAGUAUGGCAUCCAGCUGAAUUUCCCCAGCAGCAGAAGCAACCGGCCUCCACGCCUCUACCGCAGAAGCAAAUGACCGACGUGCCUCAGCAAGAGUGGCAACCAGCUCAAAUACCGCAGAAGCAACCGGCUGCUGAACCGCAGCAGAACGAACCGGCCACCAUACCCCAGCAAGUGGGGUAUCCAGCUCAAAUGUCCCAGCAGCGGAAGCAACACACUGCCAUGCCACAGCACCAACUGACCCCCAUGCCUCAGCAAUUAUGGCAUGUAGCACAAAUGCCCCAGAAGCAACUGGCCCCAAUGUCUCAGCAGAAUCACUACGAAAGCACUGAAGAUGGUGCCUCUAGUAGCACUCAGGCCAGCAUCGUUGAACAGUCGGAUGUCAUCCCAAUCUAUUCCUACAGUUCCAAAUCGCACUACGAGAAUGGCAGGACUGUAUUCUCCCUAACCCGCUACACUCCUAGGGAGGCUAUGCCUGUUGACAGUGGAAAUGCUCCCAAGGACAGUUUUGUUCGUACUGGUGCACCAAGCGUAUAUCCAUCACUAGUGAAGGAUUCUGCAAGGAAAAUGUAAUGGAUUCAUCCUCUAGAAGCUAAUGGAAGUGUCUGGUGCUCUUGCUACUCUAGCAUGAGGGAGUACAUGAACAGUUCUAAUUUCAAAAAUGCCUGGUGUCUUUGAAAUAAUGGUUCUCGUGUCCAUUGCUUGCUAAUUGAGAACAGGUGGUGUGCAGUCUGUAGUAAAAAUGACUGUUCAGUUAAUUCUUUGGUUUUCUAAUCUUUUACCUUUGCUACUUGUUGUUCAAAAUAAAAGCUUGGGUCUACA